AUGAAGCAAGUGUGCAUUCUUCUAGCGGUGCUACUCUGUACGGCAGCCGUCGCGGACGGCUUAGUUUUAGUUUACGCGUCAACGUGUGCGAGAUGUAAUAGCAUCGGAUCGUUCCGCUGUGGUACUGGGUAUGGACAUAUGGUUUCAUGCGUCGGCCAGACCGCCAUCAGUAGCUGUGCAGACUGUAGACGUGGGGGGGGUUACUGUUCGGAUCAUUUCAUUACGGACUGCUUUCUGUGA